UUCUCACAACAUCGGGCUAGAGCCGCGGCCGGGAGCUAACGUGAUCGCAGUUGUGACGACACACAGAGGCGGACACACACAGGGGAAACAUGUCAGACUCGGAGACAAAACCAUCCAGCCAGGACGGUGGGGACAAGAAGGACGGAGAGUACAUCAAGUUGAAAGUGAUCGGUCAGGACAGCAGUGAAAUCCACUUUAAGGUGAAAAUGACGACACAUUUAAAAAAGCUGAAGGAGUCUUACAGCCAGAGACAGGGCGUCCCAGCAAGCACGCUACGGUUUCUGUUUGAAGGACAGAGAAUCGCAGAUAACCAAACUCCGAAAGAGCUGGGGAUGGAGGACGAGGACGUCAUCGAGGUUUAUCAAGAACAGACCGGUGGACUAUGGAACGAUUAAACCCCCCUGCAUUUCUAAAUCUUUUUUUUCUUUUCUUUUCUUUUUUCUGAUUUUGUAUUUUAUUUUGUAUGUAUGUUCGAUUUUUCGUUCAGUUUCAAACCAUCUGGAUCAAAACCGACUCUAUCAGGGCUUCCAUGCGUGAAAGGGAGGUGAAUGAACUGAGGUAAGCGGACGAGGAAAAGGACAACGGGUCUCUUAUUCUGAAGUGCAGGGAUGCUCGUGCUGUUGACCCGAGCAAUAGCGUUCAGUAGCAUAGUAUCUUGUUUGUGGUGUGUUUUUGUUUCCUUUAUCAUGUCUAGUUGAGGGUGUCGGCAGAAGCAAAUAAUCCAAUCAAGGACCCGACUGCGUCUAAAGGAACAGUUCAGCCAAAAGUGAUCAUCAUGUAGUUGUAAGACAAGUAGUGUUGUCAUAUGAUACUACACAGCAAGUGCACUUGUACAGCUGGGCUUUAACUUUAAGGAAAAUAAAGUGGCCGUGAUCACGUUUGCUCACAGUUACAAAACCAGAAUACUCAAGAUCAAGUUUAAGUUAUGUUAUUCCGAGGAUGAACAAAUGUGAUGGUGUUGGUUUGUUUGAAUCUUUCGGUCCCAAACAGGAUUUCUUGAGUCUAUCUCUGAAAACUCUAUUAUCUUGUUCCAAAUAUCAGACUUUCAAAGCUGCUGCUGGGGGUUUGAUAGUUUGAGGGAACCGAAACAAAGCCGUGGACACAGAGCAAACGUUGUCACAAAAAGGCCAUUUCUGGAUUAACUAUUCCUUUUAUGGCUAGUUGUGGUUGUAAAAACAUCAUCUUACAUUUCAUUUGUACAGAAGUUGGGGGGGAAAAAAGAUUUUGCUUGUUUAUCCCGGAUGUUUUCCUAAGGAAAUUUGACGCACCCAGUUAGAUAUUCGUAGAUGCAGUUCUUUAUACAAGAGGCAGUCCAUUCCACACGUUUACAUUCAGGGCAUUUAGCAGAUUGAGGGUUUGUCGACACACACGCUCAUAUCCAGCUGGACUCCUCAUCCUCAAAUCCACACCGUUUGUUACUGGUGAUCUGAAUAAUUUGCUUCAACAGCCUCUGUCUAUUCAUGUAUGAAGAACUGCACCCUGGAGAAAUUGUAAAAUUUUGAUUAUAAUUGAACUGACGUUAUAAUAUUUGACCUUUGAGACAUUUUUAUAAACGACAAUUGUGCUUGACUUGUAUAUGUUGUGUUCAGUAUUAGUGUGUUUGAAUGACAUGUCACAUGUAUCUCCAGUGUCGUCUUUUUAUUUAUAUUGGAGGGUUCCAUUCUGUGAUGAUAUAUAGAAAUAUAUAUAUAUAUAUAUGAACCUGUUCUGGAAAUAUCUUGCCCCCUGACAUUCACUGUUUUAAACUCUGUCCUCCGGCAGUUUGUGAGUAAAGAAAAUCUCGCCAAUAUUCACACAAGUCAUCUACGAACAGUCAACUGCGGUGUCAGCGCCUGUUUUAAAAACUUUUCUUUCUCUUUUUUGGAUAAAACUCUGAAAUCUGUGUACUGUAUGAAGUUCCUCAAGAGGGUAAAGAUCAUCAGCCAAAACCUAUGUCAACGGAAAUUAGCGAGAAGGUUGAAUGGGGAAACAAAGAUAGUGGCAAGAUGGAGAUGCUCAACUCCUGAAGGCUGAAAUAACCACAAAAAUGUCUUUCUUGUUUUUUCUCUCAGUCUGGUUAUUUCACUCUUCAGAAACACUCAAAUGGCAGGUUAAAUAUGCAGUGGAUGAUGGUUUCACCGCACCUCCGUGAUUCUACAAGGAAAUAAUUAUCCUUCCCUUGCCGUCAUCUCCCGGAGGUGUGUGUGUGUGGCACAAAGAAAACCUGUCUUUUCAAAGUAAAACAUUGCCUCAAUUGGAUUUUCGCAGCCUGACUGACCUUUCUUACUCGUACCUUGUGCAUCAGUGAGCAGCUCAGGUGAAGCAGACCCCCCCCUUGAGUGAGGGUGGGCUGCGAUCUGAGCCAUAGCACUGAUCUCCGUGAGGUGAAGGGACCGUUCAUCAUUAGAGGAAAAUUGAUACAGAUGGUUUGAAAUUCUGGAAAUUAGCUUUUUUGCUUUUUUUGAAUAAAAUAUUUAAAGAAAUAA